AUGUUGGUUCCCAGUUCAGACUCGUUGGAGAGAUUUGUCUCUUCAUUCGGAGUUCGUAUGAGUACAGAAGAGCCUGAUGGCCGUGUCGCUUCCGAAGUGUCAAUGGGUGCACUUCAUGAGAUGAAGAGGAAAGCGCGUGAGAAGUUGUUGUCAUUAACUCAAACGGUGUGGUCACCUUCAGCUGCGAAGAGACGGGUCCGUGAGCGGAUUCUUAGUUCCCACUUGCUCACGUGCGUAUACAGAUCGAAACUUCUCGAGUACAAACAUGAUGUGGAUGCCAAUUUUUUCAACGAUGUUCUAUUGCCAAGAAUCUCAACUUAUAACGUGGAAGGAUUAGCACUGAGAAUGACCGUCCCUGAAAUCGUUACAAAGAUUGUCGAAGGAACAAAACUAUCAUCUGGAGAUCCUGUCGUUGGAGCUUCAUUAGGUUGGUUAAUAGAAACAGAAAAAAUUGCCGGUCGGAAACAUUUCGUAGCUGUAUGCGAAUAUUGUGCAAGAAGCUUCGUACUAGGCUAUACUGAUUUUGAUCCAGUGAAAACUCAUCAGCGGUGGUGCCCAGUGCUUGAUGUGAAUGACGAUGAUAUCCCACUGUGGGUAGUAAUUUAUAGGCGAAUGAGUCCAUCAGUGCAUCAGAUGUCGCCAGCUUCAAGAAAAGACGUGGAGCGUGCUAAACGUGUACUGGCCCGGUCACUCUCUGUUAUUUCAAGAGAAAUUCCCUACGACUUGCAAUGA